ACAAGUUAAGAUGAUUUAUUUGUCUUAGGUAUGGUUUUUUGAGCUUUUUGUUCCACCAAAAGGUCCUAUUGAUAAAUUUCCACGAAUAUUGCAUUGGAUGAAUAUAAGUGUUGGAGACAAGUUCGUAAAACGGUGUAUGGAGACAGGUUUGGUUGUUGACGAUGUUUAUGGUGGUCCUUCAACCAAGGAUAAGGAGGAAUACAGACCAACACCUAAAAGAAAGGAUUCUAAACCAAGAGGAAAGAAGAAACAAAAAAGAAUUCGCAGAGAAACUUUUAUGCGUGCCUUAGAGGAACAAGAAUUUCUAAUUGAAGAACUUAAAAGGAGGGUUGGAAGUUUGGAGGCACAAUUGGCUGAAGAGAAGGCAAGAAGGCAAAAUAAAGAUGACGUUCGACAAAGUGUGCCUCGUAUAGAACCAUCGGUGAACACUGGUUUUGUAUCCCUUACAGACAUUGACGGAAAUGAACAACCUUUGAAGACGUAUGUUAGGGUUGGAUCACGAAGGCAUUACAAGGGAAGAACACUUAGGACUCCAUACACCGGAACUGUAGUGCUUAGAAUAAAAAAUGAGUGAUCGGUGUA